GAUCUUUGUUUCUCAUAGAUAGACCCACUGCCCCUUCUUCAACACUUUCGUCUCAGACUCUGCGCCUCUCUCUCUCUCUCUCUCAUCACUUUCUUCAGAAACACAAAAAGCUUGCAAUUUUCUCUUAUGGCAGCCUUUUCAUAUAUUCUUGACCCCAAUAUUUUCUUGCAAAACAUGGCUCCCACCCCCAAAGCUUCUUCCUUUAUGAUGGAUGAUGGAAACUUAACCUCUAAUUGUUUCUCUCAAUAUUACUCACCUGAGCUUUUCCACGACUCGCUCUUUGAUCCUAACAACCAUGAAACUAGCUGUGUUGAUCACUGCUCCAAGGUUGUUUCUCAGAGUGAUAACGAGCCAUCGGUGGGUGAGAAACAGAGCACCGGUGGUGGCGAUUCCACUGUGGUAGAUAAGCUUGAAAAGGGUGAGCAAGUCACUCAGAAUGUGAAUCCCAGAAACAGGAAACGGAAGACCAGAAACGGGACAACCUUCAAAACUAAGGAUGCAAAAGAAGGGAAAGCCAAGGAGAAAAAGAAGUGCAAUAAUGGCAAGAAAGGUGAAAAGAAAUCUCCUGAAGAGCCUCCGUCGGGCUACAUUCAUGUAAGAGCCAGGAGGGGCCAAGCAACCGACAGUCACAGUAUAGCUGAAAGGGUAAGAAGAAAGAAGAUCAGUGAGAGGAUGAAGAUAUUACAAUGUCUGGUUCCAGGGUGUGAAAAGGUAACUGGGAAGGCCCUUAUGUUGGAUGAAAUUAUCAAUUAUGUUCAGUCCUUACAAAAUCAAGUAGAGUUUCUGUCAAUGAAGCUUGCUUCUGUGAGUCCCAUGUUCUACGACUUCGGAGUGGACCUGGAAGCCUUAAUAUUGGUGAAACCAGAGAGAGUGAACAGUGAAGCAUCAACAACAACACCAGUACUGCCAUGUCUGCAACAAUGCAACCCCACUCAAGCUUCAGCUUUUGUUGAUUCAACUACCGCCACCUUUGCCCCAUCUAAUAACUAUCCUUUUCUAGGUGCCUCACACCAGGGCCAAACCCCCAUUCUCUUCUCUCACCCCCAGGAUAAUGGAAGUGUAUUGUGGGAUGUGGAGGACCAAAGACAAAAAUCUCUCAAUUCAUCUGGCCUCAACGACAACUUGUGUUCUUUCCAUUAAAUAUAUAGUCCCGAUAGCUGCCCUACAAUCAUCUUUCCAGCUAAGCUUGCAGAGAGGUAAAACAUCAGUUUCAGGUGAAGGAGGUGCUUCGCCAUUGCUAAAAACAAAGCUCUGCUCUAGUUUCAAGUUCAAACUGAGUGAAUUAAGCAGCAUAUGAUCUGAAAACAUAGAAUGGAUAAAGGGCAGCUACACAUCAUUGGAUAGAAGAACACAAAAGAGAUAUAUAUGUAUUCCAAAAAUAAGAUCAGAUCUUUUUAUUUUAUUUUAUAUAUAGAUCCUUUGUUGUUGUCCAUUUUAUGUCUCCCAAGCAUAAAGUUACUAAACCCUAAGAAAAAGUAUAUCCUUAGUUUUGUAUGUUGUACAAAUUAUUGUGGUAUAAAAAUGUUUAUUUUUCA